AUGGCAGCAGCAGAAGCAAGAGCAGUGUGGCAAAGAACAGUGAACCGUUGUUUUGUCCAAGAAGAUGCUAAAAGAGCUCCAAAGUUAACAACUUGCUGUCAAUCUUCAUCAUCAAUUGCUUCAUCAACUAAACAAGUAGAAGAAGAUUCUGGAUCUUCUCGAGUUCUUCGUGAUCCACAGAAUUGCCAAUCAUCUUGUGCAGGUUCCAUCAUGCCUCUUCAUCGAAACCCGAAUUUCACCGAUAUGUUACCUUACAACAACACUCGACUGUGGAAUCAUCAUCAAGUGAAGAAGCCAUUGGAGUCUGAGGUUAAUAAUAUCUCUGAGAACAAGCUCGAAUUUAUCGAUUUGAUCGAAACAAAGGAAAGUUAUGGUUCAUUUGGGUAUGAUGAGUCCUCUGAGAAGAAGUUAAAUGAGCCAGCUUUCGAUCCGAGCUCUCCGUGGAAUCCUCUAUCGAACGAGAAAGCUGGACCGUGGUGGCGAACUACUGAUAAAGAUGAGUUAGCUUCCUUGGUUGCACAAAGGUCUCUAGACUAUGUUGAGAAUUGUGAUCUACCAACACCGCAGAAGAUGAAACGCUCUUAUUACGGUAGUCCACGUUGUUUCGACUCUGAUGGAUUCCGGGAUUACUCUGUCUCUAACCAAACCAUCCACGAGAACGCGACAAGCAGCUGCAAGAACAGAACCGAGGCUUCGUCUGAGACUGAAUUAAGCAAAUAUGAGUUAUUAGAAGCGCUGAGGCGUUCUCAAACACGAGCUAGGGAAGCGGAAAACAUGGCUAAAGAAGCGUACGCGGAGAAAGAACACUUGGUGAAGCUCUUGUUCAAGCAAGCAUCAGAGCUUUUCGGGUAUAAGCAAUGGUUAAAACUGCUUCAGCUCGAAGCACUUUACCUCCAAAUCAAGAACAAGAAGUUUGAGAACAACAAGGAGCCACAGGUUUCGAUCCCUUGGAGCAAUUCGAAAGUGAGAAAACCGGGGAGAAAGAGAAGAAGCAAGAGGGCUAAACCGAAUGCAGCUAAGUACGCGGUUGGUUUAGCUUUGGGGAUGAGUCUUGUUGGUGCUGGUUUGCUUCUUGGAUGGACUGUUGGUUGGAUGCAGAUGCUAUCUUUCUAG